GCAUGUUUGUUCGGAAACAUCUGUGGAGACAUGUAAAGCGUUGUGCCCGUAAGCCAGAGGAUGAAGAACAACGGCCUGGGAGAAGACGAGUACUCGGUACUGCUGCCUCGCUGGAGUCUGCAUCCCAGCAACAGGUCUCCACUGGAGUAUGGAAGCUGUUAACUGCCAUGAACCAGGAUGAGGUCGCCUCAGUUGUGCGUAACGACUUGACCAUCGUUCAGUUCGCACAAUCCCUGGUCAACAAACAUGGACAAGACGCAACAAAAAAUGAAUACAUGAGGCAAAAACUCAGAGAAGUUGGCCGUCUGCUGCUGUGCCUACAGAAGGACUUCUCGGUGGCAAACAUGGAGGACGCCGUAAAACCACCAAACUUCCCAAAGGUUCUCAACGCAGUGAAAAAAGUCUCUGGGUAUCAGGAGCAAAACAACACAUACAGCACACCGAGUCUUGCGUUAAAAUUAGGACACACACUACACAAAAUUGCAGAUAUCGUUCAUUGCAGGGCUCUUGUGGCAGAAGACGAAGCGCUAAUGAAGUCCACUGAUAUGUUCAAGAAGCUGUACACCUCAAAGUGGUCUGAGGUCAUCUCACAUGGGGCCUUGACUACUUUAAGUGAUGCCAAGUACAAUAAGCCCUCCACUUUGCCCUUCACAGAAGAUGUCAAGUUGCUUCAUGGCUACUUGGAAAGGAAUGUGUCAACUGGUGUCAGUAAACUGAAAGAGGUGGCCUCCUGCCAGCACUACAGUGCACUUGCACAGAUCUUGCUGGCCCAAAUCAUCGUCUUCAACCGAAGACGUGCAGGGGAGGUCUCAAAGAUGCUGGUGGAGAGUUUUGAGAGUCGGGAUGAUCAUGAACUGCAUGAGGAUGUGGCACUGGGUUUGUCCAAGCUUGAACAGAGGCUCUGUAGCUACUUCUCCAGAGUGGAGAUCAAAGGGAAACGGGGUCGAAAGGUGGCAGUCCUCCUGACACCAAAAAUGGUCGAUGGCCUUUCUCUGCUUGUGAGCAAACGAGUAGAGUGCCACGUUUGUGCCUCAAAUGCAUUUCUGUUUGCCCGACCAAAAGCCAUGAGCCACUACCGUGGGCAAGAUGCACUCCGUGUUUGUGCUAAUCUAUGUGGCGCGAAGCACCCAGAGCACCUGAGAUCGACUCAGCUCAGGAAGCAUGUGGCGACACUCUCUCAAGUGCUCAACUUGAAGCACAACGAACUGGAUCAAGUUGCCGAUUUCCUGGGUCAUGACAUCCGUGUGCACCGUGACUUCUACAGGCUGCCCGUGCCGACAACUCAGCUGGCCAAGAUUUCCAAGUUGCUGCUCACUCUAGAGAAGGGAACGCUGUCCAAGAUUCAAGGCAAGAGUUUGGAUGACAUUGAAAUCCAAGAUGAACUAGACACCAGUGACACCGAGGAGAUGGACGGUGGCAGUGACUCUGGUGAUGAGGCAGAAGUGUCCGGUUCAGGAAGCAGCACCAGCAAAUGCAUGGAUGCUGCGCCAGAGUGUUCAGCCACAGAACAAGUUGGCGACACAGAGGACUUCAAUGAAGCACUGGCUCCAGUGACAUCCAGUGUACAAGGGCCAACCCCUGUGUGUGGAGAACCCGACUCUGCUGCGGAACCAGACUCCGCUCAAACAAGGUCCAGACGGGUGAAGAAGAAGCCCUGGUCAAAGACUGAGGUGGCAGCAGUCAUGCGUCACUUCAAGAAACACAUUGAAGCCGGGAAACUGGCCGGUAAAGAUGAAUGCAGCCAGUGCAAACUGGCAGAGGCCCCACUGUUGGACCACCGGUCGGUUCAAAACAUCCGGGACUUCGUGAGAAACAGAGGGGUGACUGCAAAGAGGCAGGCCAAGAAAAAAUAACACCUUCAUUGGAUAUGUUCAUGCACUUACCUGCUUUGGGUUUUGUUCUUAGGACCAGUUCAAGGUCAUAAGUGGCUGCAGGUUUUCGUUCCAACCCAUCAAGCACACACAAGUGAACCGAUCAGGCUGAUGACAGUCCUCUGACACCUGACAGGUGAAGCCAUGUGUGCCAGGUGAGUUGGAACAAAAACCUGCAGCCCUUCAGGACCAGUUUGGACUCCCCUCUCAUAAGCUGUGUUGUAAGCACUCAUACACUCAUACAUCAAUGUUCUGCUCACAAUCACAUGACAGGACUGGAAUGUGAUGGUGAGGACAUGGAUCUGUGUUCGCUGUUCAGUUCCAGCCCCGGUGCUGCAUUAAAACAAAUGUCCCUCUAAGUCCUUAACUUGUGUGUAUUUUAUGUAAAUUAGAGGCGGGGUUUAGUUGAACUUUAAAGUCCUCAUAUUGCUGUUUAGGGUCCCCCUAAUGUACGUCCUCUAAAGCCACAACCCCAUCAGGUGGCUGUGUAUCAGCCUGUGAAGAGUGUAUCCGAACACCAGUGGGAGCAGAAUUUUUGUUAGAUUUUUAGAAGCUGUUCUGUCAUUGGCUGAGAGCUGUAGCACCUCAGGAAAGGGUAGUCCCCUUAAACCACCACUGGGCCUGUUUGGAGAAAAUGUCCUUCUGAAUCACAA